AUGAGCUCGGUUCUGCAAGUUGCGACCCCGGCCCUGCUGUGCUUUGAGGUAAAUGGCUCCUGCUACAGAACCCGACAUCCCUUUGGAGUCCAGCUAGCCAUCUACUGCUUCGGUGCCAUGGGCAUGCUGCUCACAGUACUGGGGAACCUGCUGGUGAUAAUUUCGGUCUUCCACUUCAAAGUACUUCACACACCUACUAAUUUCUUGUUACUCUCCCUUGCCCUGGCAGAUCUCCUCCUGGGUCUAACAGUGCUGCCCUUUAGCACUAUCCGCUCUGUGGAGAGCUGCUGGUACUUUGGCGAUAGCUUUUGCCGCCUCCACACCUUUCUGGAUACGGUGUUUUGCUUGUCUUCCAUAUUCCACCUUUGCUUUAUAUCCAUUGACCGCCAUUGUGCAAUCUGUGACCCUUUGCUCUACCCAACAAAGUUCACCAUUCGAGUUGCUUGCAUCUAUAUAGCAAUGGGCUGGGGGGUGCCAGUGGUUUACACUUCCAUCUUCCUUUAUAGUAAAACCGUUGAGGAAGGGUUAGGUCAGUUCUUGCAGGACAUGCCCUGCAUUGGCAGCUGCCAGCUGCUGUUCAACAAACUUUGGGGCUGGAUAAACUUCCCAGUCUUCUUUUUCCCCUGUCUCAUAAUGAUAGGAUUGUAUGUCAAGAUAUUUAUUGUGGCAUCUAGACAAGCCAAACAGAUAAACAACAUGAAUAAGAGAAGCGGGUCUGAGCAUCAGUUAGGACCAACAAGGAGAGAAAGGAAAGCUGCUAAAACACUAGGGAUAGCUGUAGGUAUCUACCUCUUGUGCUGGUUGCCCUUCACUGUAGACACCAUGGUGGACAGUGUACUAGAUUUCAUUACCCCACCCAUUGUAUUUGAUGUUCUUAUUUGGUUUGCUUACUUUAAUUCUGCCUGCAACCCCUUGAUUUAUGUGUUUUCCUACCGUUGGUUUAGGAAAGCCGUAAAGCUCGUUUUGACUCGUCAGAUCUUUUAUACAAGAACAUCUACUGUAGACUUGUACCAGGAGGAAUGA